UCUCUGAGUCCUCCUGACACCUUACACUGUGCGCACGGUGUGAAAUGGAAGCAACCAGAUGAAGAAAUAGAAUUUGUUUUCUUGAGUUUAAGAAGAAGAAAACAACUAACGGAAGCUGAAGUCACCACUCCACUUAUCCGUCCCUACCCCAUCUCCUAUCGCCUUUAACAGUUUCUUCUUUCGUCUCCUAUCUCUCUUUCUUUUUUCACAUCUCUUUUUUUUUUUGCUAAAAUUCUUUUUCACAUCUCACGAAAACACAACACGAAUAUUACAAAUCACUUAUAUGGUAUUUUACAAAAAAUAUAUAUAUUCAGAUAGCUUUUCUUACUAUCAUGCACUUUUGAUAGUACUAGCUAGUCAGCAGGAAGAUGUAUUUCCUUGUUAGAUUUUUCUAUCUGUAGAUUUUGGGAUUACCUUUCUUAUCAGGAAGAUGUUUGUCUAAUUUUUUUUUUUUUUUUGCUUUUAUUUCGUUAGUAUCAUUUUUGACAAAGAAUAAAGAUCAUACAAUAAAUAUAAUGGGUUGUCGACUAUUUUUUUCGUGUGACUAAGUACUAUCUUUUAUAAAACGUGCGUAUCAAUGUGUUAAUUCUUUGAAUUUUUUAAACUUUAUUAUUUGAUUUUCUUUUAAACAAAAAUUUCUUGGCGGGGGGUUUGGUAAUAUUAUAAAAGCCAGACGAGCCAGUCCAACUUCGUGAUAUCCAUAAUUAACGUGAGUCGUGAGAUUUGUUUUCUCUUAAAAUAACUCAUUUCCCAUUAUCCUAUCCGCCAUCCCUUCUCUAUAUAUAAAAAAAAACAUCUCUCUAAUUUCUACAACGAGACGACACCCCUUAUCUCAAUAGCCAGUUCGGUUAUGGCUCUAUCCGGGUCAUUCGUUUUAGCCUUACUCUUCUUCUUCGCUCUUUCCAUUAAUCCCCUUGAAGCUCGUGGACCCUUCGACCGGCUAGCCCGGAAGCCGCCGCAAAGGACUGCUGCUGAAGGCAUAUGCGCUUCCUCUGUCCGCAUAUUUGGUUACAAGUGCGAAGAACAUGAUGUGGUGACUCAAGAUGGAUACAUAUUGAAUAUGCAAAGGAUACCGGAAGGACGAGCCGGCGCCGGAGAUAUGUCCAAGAGACAGCCUGUCCUAAUACAGCAUGGGAUUCUUGUCGAUGGGAUGUCGUGGCUGUUCAAUCCGGCGGAUCAAAAUCUACCGUUAAUUUUGGCUGAUCAAGGAUUCGAUGUGUGGAUGGGAAACACAAGAGGGACUAGAUUCAGCAGGAGACACAAGUACCUUAGCCCUAAUCAACCGGCUUUCUGGAACUGGACGUGGGACGAGCUUGUGAGUUACGAUCUGCCUGCUAUGUUUGACCAUAUCCACGGCCUAACAGGCCAAAAGAUUCACUACCUCGGACACUCUUUGGGAACUUUGAUAGGAUUUGCGUCGUUCUCGGAAAAGGGGUUGGUGGACAAAUUAAGAUCGGCAGCGAUGCUGAGUCCUAUUGCUUAUCUCAGCCACAUGACCACAGUUCUCGGCGACAUCGCCGCUAAAAGUUUCCUCGCUGAGGCCACCGCCAUUAUAGGAGUGGCAGAGUUUAACCCCAAAAGUGGACUAGUAGGGAAUUUCAUAAAGUUUAUAUGCCAUCAAGCAGGGAUCGACUGCUAUGAUCUAAUCUCUGUUAUUACCGGCAAGAAUUGUUGCCUUGACGCAUCAACCAUUGAUCUAUUCCUGGCGAAUGAACCACAAUCUACUUCCACCAAGAACAUGAUCCACCUUUCUCAAACGGUAAGAGACAAGGUGUUAAGAAAAUACAACUAUGGAAGUAGCAAUUACAACAUGAAACAUUACGGUCAAGCGUUGCCGCCUGCUUACAACAUAUCGGCGAUCCCACACGACCUUCCGCUUUUCUUCAGCUACGGAGGUUUAGACUGUCUUGCCGAUGUGAGCGACGUCAGGUUUUUGAUAGACCAGUUUAAGUUUCACGAUGCAGAUAAGAUCGACGUGCAGUUUGUGAAAGAGUAUGCUCAUGCUGAUUUCAUCAUGGGUGUUACUGCCAAAGACGUUGUUUAUAACCAAGUUGCUACCUUUUUCAAACGACAAGUUUGAUUUUAGUAUAAAUCAUUAGGUUAUAUGUACUUUCAUGUGCCCCAGUAUUUUUAAAACCGGACCGGCUAGCAAACCGAAAUUUUUUGGGGUUAUGGGUCAUUGUGGUUCGACCGUAUCUGAACCGGGUUCGAUCGGAUUUACUUAGAUUAAACUAAAUUUAAUGAUAUUUUAUAAAUAA